CUUUCAUAUAGCCACUGCGAUUCACAAGGAUUCACCCAACAUAAUCAAUCUGACUUAUAUGGCUUGACUGUGCUUGGCAAUGUGUGUGAUGACCCUUCGACAGAAGCUUCCAGGCUGAGAGUCCCGUCCACUUCUUUCAGACUCCGUCAUGCCGAAGCUUGCGGGCCCUGCGCUUUCUUGCGCGCGAAGCCGACUAGGACCACAUCUUACGAGUUGUGCUACCACUACCCUCAGUCCUUGCGUUUCUGCUCCUCAUCAGUUGUACCUCUCUUCAACUCCACGGCUUUCCGCUCAGCAUGAAAUUCUCCGCGGGUCGCCGUUGACGCCCGUUUCACCCCCACAGACGCAAUUCUCGCAAUCUGGAUUCCGAGCAUCCGCUCUCGACGGACUCGAACGGCCCGGGAAGGAUCAUGAACCACCAGACGAGCGCAUUCUUAAGCUAGGGAAAACUCUUCGAAUACUCUCUCCACUCCUACCGAACAUUCUCACCAAUCCUCUGCCCCCCAAAAUACUGUCCCCGAGCAUUACCCUGCAUCUCUUUCCCUCCACGCACCCUCAUCUCCCUACUGUCAAAGGCCGAACCCUCUAUCGAGCCGCCCUUUGGACUGUCCCGGUGGCCUGGAGCAGCCUGCCCCUUCUCGGCAAUGUCAAACUUAAGAUAGUCAGCGAGCGUAUUGUCCGCGCCGGCACGGUUCUGGACCCCGCCCGCUACGCCCGCGGGGAACACGAUGACAGCGACGAACGCCUAGUCGUGCGCUGGCGGACUGAGCCGCGCAGCGAAAACAACCAUUCUUUCACCUCCAACCCGCAUCCUACCUCGAGCGACACCUCCGCCCGCACAUCUUCGUCCACCGCCUCUAGAUCCUCCUCCUCCUCCUCCUCCUCCUCCUCGUCGUCGUCGUCAUCGUUGCACCCCUCUAAGACUGGAGCGAACAAAGGCCUCAGCGUCCUGUUGGGUGGGGACGCGCCGAUCUUCAAACUCUCCAAAGAAGAACAGUUCACGGGAUUAUUCAUCUUCUCGUUCGAUGAGGAAGGUCGCAUCGCAUCGCAUACGAUCGAACAUUCCGAUGAUGCAUGCGGGUGGGAACGGACUCCGAAAUUCGUUACGCUGGCGGACUGGUUGAUCGGUAAGGCGCGGGAAUCACUGGACCCGUCGCCUGCUGAGCCGGGGUUGGCAUUCCAGGGCGACCACUCAAAUCAGGAGAUACAGCUUCUUUGCGCGGGGAGAGAGGGGCUUUCAUGGUCGCCGGAAGGCCGCCGAUUUUGUGGUAGGCAUGUCAACGCCUGAUCGGUGCUCGAGGUGGUAGAAACCCAUGCUACUGUUUGCUGAGCCCCUGCUACGGCGCUCUCGUUUUCAGACGCCAACCAAUCAUGGA